AUGGGUGAAGUUACUUUAGAUACCGUUGCUUAUGCUAAAAUAAUGCUGCACGCAGCAAGUUAUCCACAUUGUGCUGUUACUGGAGUGCUAUUAGCCGAUGGAAGUAAAAUCCGAGAUGGAGCAAAGUCCCAAGAUCUAGAUAUUGUGGACGCUAUUCCCUUGUUUCAUCACAGUCACUAUUUGUCUCCUAUGGCAGAAGUAGCAAUGACACAGGUAGACGCAUUGGCACAAGCCAAUAAUAGAGUAAUAGCUGGCUAUUACGCCGCAUGUGAGAACUUCAGAGAUAACACAGUAGAAAAAUGUCCAGGUCAGAAAAUUGCAGAGAAAAUAGUGGAAUUUUUCCCAUCUGCUGUAUUUGUUGUUGUUGAUAACAAAAAGUUCAGACACCAUUUGAGUAACCCAGCUAUAAAACUACACAAUUACAGUGAAGGCAAGUGGAAGGUCAUGGAUGAUAAUAAAGUUCUUUUCCAAACACCAUAUGUUUUGGAGACUGUGUCAUUAUUACUGCACAAGGGAGUCCAAAAAGAUUUGGUAGAUUUUGACAAUUAUUUGGAUGAUAUAUCUCAGGAUUGGACAAAUCUUGGUAUCGAAAAACUGAUUGCAAGUAUAAAUGCUUCAAAUUCUAUAGAUUUUAAGAAUGACUAA